AUGCGGGCGGCGGCGGGGGGCGCGCGGGCGGCCGCGCUGGCGCUGCUGCUGCUGCUGGGGGCGCUGCACGGGGCGCCGGGGCGCGGCGAAGAGUACGACUACUACGGCUGGCAGACCGAGCCGCUGCAGGGGCGCUCGUACUCCAAGCCGCCCCAGUGCCUCGACAUCCCCGCCGACUUGCCGCUCUGCCACACCGUGGGCUACAAGCGCAUGCGGCUGCCCAACCUGCUGGAGCACGAGAGCCUGGCCGAGGUGAAGCAGCAGGCGAGCAGCUGGCUGCCGCUGCUGGCCAAGCGCUGCCACUCGGACACGCAGGUCUUCCUCUGCUCGCUCUUCGCGCCCGUCUGCCUCGACCGGCCCAUCUACCCUUGCCGCUCGCUGUGCGAGGCCGUGCGCGCCGGCUGCGCGCCGCUCAUGGAGGCCUAUGGCUUUCCCUGGCCCGAGAUGCUGCAGUGCCACAAGUUCCCCCUGGACAACGACCUCUGCAUCGCUGUGCAGUUCGGGCACUUGCCCGCCACCGCGCCUCCAGUGACUAAGAUCUGCGCCCAGUGUGAGAUGGAGCACAGCGCUGAUGGCCUCAUGGAGCAGAUGUGUUCCAGCGACUUUGUGGUCAAAAUGCGCAUCAGAGAGAUCAAGAUAGAGAACACAGACCGGAAGCUGAUUGGAGCCCAGAAAAAGAAGAAGCUGCUCAAGCCGGGCCCCCUGAAGCGCAAGGACACCAAGAGGCUGGUGCUGCACAUGAAGAACGGCGCUGGCUGCCCCUGCCCGCAGCUGGAGAGCCUGGCUGGCAGCUUCCUGGUCAUGGGCCGCAAAGUGGACGGACAGCUGCUGCUCACGGCCGUCUACCACUGGGACAAGAAGAACAAGGAGAUGAAGUUCGCGGUCAAGUUCAUGUUCUCCUACCCCUGCUCCCUCUACUACCCCUUCUUCUAUGGGGCCGCGGAGCCCCACUGA